AUGAAAAGUUUAGACGUUAUGUCAAUCGAUGGCAAUAAUGCGAGUGGCAGUCAAUUAUCACAACCAAUGGACAGUCUUAACGAUAGUCUUAGCGCAAUGGAUAUAUGUGAUGUUGAGGGCCAAGAGUCGCAUAACAACUUUUACAUUGAUAAUUUUGAUCAACUCAAGGAGAUAGGGAACGGAGGGUUUAACAAUGAUCAAUUUAAUGAUGGUAAUUAUAAAAUUCAAUUCAUUGAGAUGUCAGCCAUAGGUUCGGGUGGUUUUGGGACUGUAUUUAAAGUAAAGCAUAGAUUGGAUGAUAAGAUAUAUGCCGUUAAAAGAGUGCAAUUCGGGGGUUUUAGUGAAGAAAAGAAACAAAAAGUUAUAAAAGAAGUGAAAAGUUUGGCAAAAAUGGAGUCAGAAUUUGUGAUCAAAUAUUACAACUCAUGGCUUGAGUCCAAUCAUCUCUACAUUCAAAUGCAAUUCUGUCCGCAAAGUCUUCGAUCGCUUCUCAAAGACAAACCCAUUGUCUUUCAAAGACAACCGGAAGACCAGAUGAAUGCCAUCGAGUAUUUCAUUUCAUGUGAAAUAUUCAGAGAGCUCUUAGAGUGUGUCCAAUAUCUACACGAAUCCAAUCCAGUGGUCAUUCAUAGGGAUCUCAAACCGGAAAACAUAUUAAUUGAUUACAACUUUAGUUUUAAUCGGUUUGUAAAACUCUGUGACUUUGGUUUAGCCACUGAACACAACACCGAUAGACAGACUGCCAGCCGAUACGGCCAUACGUUAGGUGUGGGCACAAAGACAUAUAUGUCGCCCGAAGUUUAUCAUUAUAAGCAAUAUAACCACAAAACAGAUAUUUAUAGUCUCGCACUAAUCGCCGAAGAGAUCUAUAGUAUUGAUCCACAAAAUUCGCUUUCGUCGCAAGCAAUUGAAACCGAGUUUAAUAAAUAUUACAAUAAUCUAUACCAGACUUUGCAGUCAAUGCAGUCGAGUCCAGACUAUCAGCAAAGACCUGAGUGUCGGGUAGUGUUGGCCAAACAUAGCGAGUGGUCUAUCGAUAAGACUGAUAGUUGCGGCCGUAUAUAUGAGGCACCGAUUGGCGAUAUAUCCGCUAAUAUCUAA